GGCUCGGGGGUCCCAGUUGGUUUCGGUUCGGAUCUAUCUUUCGGAGUCGGUCCCCGCCUGUGGUGUUCGGGGCCCUCGGGCCUUCAGACGCCGCCUGCCGCCUUGUGCCCCUGGGCACCCGUGUCCCCCGCGCCGCGUUUGACGUCUCGAGACCCAUCUUGCCUGGGACAGAAGCGCAGAGGAGGCAAGUCCAGGAGUCAAGAAUGACUCUUUCUCAGGAACUGUUGACAUUCAGGGAUGUGGCCAUAGAGUUCUCUCAGGAGGAGUGGGAGUGCCUGGAACCCGCUCAGAGGGCCUUGUACAGGGACGUGAUGUUGGAGAACUACAGGACCCUGGUCUCCCUGGGUGAAGAUAACUUCCCUGCAGAGGUUGGGAAAUGUUCUAGGCUAUCUUUGUGUUUCUUUUGGGAGGCGCUUGAGAGUCCCUGCCCUGUUUGACUGAGAGUGAAGCCCUGUUGAUCCAGAAAUGAAAAGCUUCACAACGAGGUGUCUGGAUUUGAAGUGCCCCCUUUCUUCCGAUGAUGUGCUCACUACAUGCAGGUUAGUGGUGGCGCUAAAAGUUGAGGAGACACAAGACUUUAUGUCAAAACUUUAAAACAUCGGAUUGCCUGGUUUUAUUACUGUACUCUUGAUUCAGUAGUUCUGGGAAGAGAGCUGGAUAUCUGUAUUUGUCAAACAUUCAAGCAUUUGGAAGAAGUAGGACGGUCACUGAACAAGUCUGUGAAAUGCUAUUCACAACCCGCCUAUGUUGAAUGUCCUUGGUCUCAGCUGUCCAGGGACUGGGAUUGGUUUAUGGAAAAGCUGCAGGACAUCAUCUACCGGUUUCCAUGUCAGCAAGACCCUCUUUCUGAGCUGAAUAUCAUCUCCACUGUGGAGGAAGGAAGAGCCUUGCACGGCCAGGAGUGGGGUGAAACUAGCGGCAAAACCCAGGUGGGUGGGAAGGUAUCAAAGAUGUGAAGGCAAGUGAGGGUCAGAUGGCAGAGAGAAAUUGACUCCCUGAAAUGUUGUUUGGGACAUUCUCCCCGGGUGGGAGAGGUGUUUGGAAAAGAAGAGUUGAUCUCUUGUGGGGUCUCAAAGGAGGGUGUUAUUCUCCUCCUUCACCCUCUUCUUGGUGUGUGCAUGUCUCCUGCCCUCCUCAGUGGUAGUGCAGCUCCUGGCAGCGACAAGGGCAAAGUCUUUGUCACGACCCAGGCAUGCCCUUGUCUGCCCCCAGGAGUCCUUACUGGUUCGACCUUGGGGAGCACAUGGAGGGCUGUUUGUAAGGGGCGUCUUCCUUCGUUGCAUCUCCUUCUCUAGUCAGUCACACAGAUCUUAGGUGAGGCCCCCUUCGUCCUGACUGCGGGCCUUCUCCAGCUUGUAUCCUGUUUCAUGUGCUUGAGUGACCUGUCAUGAUGGGAACAUUCUUUGCAUCUUGGGCCAGAGGCAGGUGCAUGGGCUGUCCCAAGCCCUCUGCCUGCUCCAUGCCUCUGCCAUUUCUUCAUUUCCACUUUCACGCUGUAGGGGCAUGUGUACUGGGAAUGGAGUGGGUGUUUCGAGAUUGUUACUCAGCAAUGCUUUAAAGACAGUGUGUGGCGGGGGGCGGU